CUCAAAUCAUGUAUAUAAUGACACGCGAGGAAGGAUUGGGUUAGACUGUCGGGGCUUCACCGGGAAAAGCUUGAAGUCGUUUUGUGUUCGCAACAGAAGCACUGGCCGUCAGUACUGCGCUUUCACUAUGGCAGAACAUUUCACAGAUCUAGUAGCAUUCAACAAGCCAAAGGUUGAGCUUCACGUGCACCUCGAUGGAGCUAUCAGAGUGCAAACCAUCCUUGAUGUGGCUGAGCGGCGAGGGAUCCCCCUGCCUGCGUCCACAGUGGAGGGCAUGACACACAGAUGUGUGGUUCACGAGCCUGUCAAAGAGUUCAAAGAGUUUCUGGAUAAGUUCAACGAGUAUAUGCACGUCAUUGCGGGAGACAGAGAAGCCAUCAAGAGGAUAGCCUAUGAGUUUGUGGAGGACAAGGCCAAAGAAGGCGUGAUCUACGUGGAGGUCCGAUACAGCCCACACCUGCUGGCCAACUCUAAAGUGGACCCCAUCCAGUGGAACCAGAAAGAGGGUGACGUGAGCCCAGACGAUGUGGUCCACCUGGUCUACCAGGGCCUCAGUGAAGGGGAAAAGGCCUUCAAUAUCAAAGCCAGGUCCAUUCUGUGCUGCAUGCGCCACAUGCCAGACUGGUCCAUGGAGGUGUUGGAGCUGUGCAAGAAGUAUGGUAAUGAGGGAGUGGUGGCCAUAGACCUGGCAGGAGAUGAAUCUCUCAACUGUGAGGCCUACCCAGGCCACCGGAUGGCCUUUGAGGAAGCAGAGCGCUGUGGGAUCCACAGGACUGUUCAUGCAGGAGAAGUGGGACCGUCCUCAGUCGUCAAAGAGGCUGUAGAAGUUUUGAAGGCUGAGCGGAUUGGGCAUGGCUACAACACCAGUCAGGACCAAGUCUUGUACAAACAGCUCCUGGACCAGAACAUGCACUUUGAGACGUGUCCCAUAUCCAGUAAACUGACAGGAGCUUGCGACUCUGACUUCACCAAACAUCCUAUCAUCAGGUUCAGGAAAGAUAAGGCCAACAUCUCUCUGAACACAGAUGACCCAUUGAUCUUCAACUCCACCCUUCAGCAUGACUACGUCACAGUGCAGAAGUACAUGGGAUUCACUGAACAGGAAUUCAAAGAACUGAACAUCAACUCAGCAAAGUCCAGCUUCCUGCCUGAGAAGGAAAAGAAGGAGCUGGUCACCAAGCUGCACGAGGCCUACGGCAUGGUGGAAGACACCGCAUUUUGAAAGAAUCAAUGAAGAGAAAGGAACAAGCAACGAGAAACAAACCACUUAAUCCCCCUACUUCUCCCACCGGCCACAACACAAUGUCUGUCUGUAUAUACUCCAGUACACACAGUAUUAUAGCAUAGUGAAACUAAUGUAAUGGUUGUUGUGGUGGAUCAAAUCCAGACUGUGUUUUGUGUUGGACGCACAGAGAAGCAGUAGCUACAAAAAGGUCUUCCCAAAUAAUCUGAAUAGCGCCCGUAUGUACAGUUUAUUCAACAAAUUACCCUCAUUUUACAACUUUUACUAUUAGAAAAGUUCAAGCCAAUGUUAUGCUUUU